AACAGUUCAUGUCAAGUAUUAGAGCCAGAUAACCCAUUGACCCUCUCAACACGCACGGCAUACGUGAGGGCAGUCUUGAGCACCCUGCCGACGGCUUGAUAAAUAAUACAUGUUGGAGCUCGUGUAGAGCAGCUGGCUUUGCGAAGCCGGAGGGGGCUUAGACCGCACGUGGCAGUCCAGGGCGGACCGCGCGUAGCGACGUUGUCAUGGGGCGUGAGGCACCAGUGCUGGCCCAGCUAGCAUCAUGCCUUAGCUUUGCCCCUCAAUCUGCGAUCCUCGGGAGAUCAAUUCGGCUCUUGGUAGCAAGUGGCCCCAGAGUCGGUAACGGCACCGCACGCAGCGCCGCAGUCUCUCACCAACCGGCGUACGACUCCACACCUUGGGCGGACGGAUUCCCUAGCAAGCAUCAGGCGGCUAGCAGCGGGCACCUUGAUAGCUUGUCAUCAGCGCGCGACCUGACCUGUGCCAGUGCGGGCUUUAAGCUGCUUCCACGCCGAUCCUCGGGCUGCACAGCGGGGAGAGACGCUGGCGUUGUGCCCUCGCCUCCGGAUUUCCUUCUGCAAAGACAGCACACGAGCCAACGGGACCUAAGCACACAGCUGCCGACCUCACGUUGGAGCUCGGCACCAUCCGCGCCACCACCAGCAAUCUCGGCGCAGGGGCCUGGGCUGCGGGCUGGGCUCUGGCCACAUGCACGCGGCUGGAGCCCUAGCGACCUGGGGCGACCUGCCUGGGCCGCGCAGAAUGCGCUGGUAACAGAGCUAGCGACAACCUCUCGGAGACUAUACCAGACAGUGCCGACUAGCCUACAGGCAGAUAUCGACAAGUCGGCGCACAAAAAGCAGACAGGCGUAAGCCUGAAGCACCUGCUGGACUUCGGCACGCAGCCGCUGGAACGGCAGAUGCUGCUGUCGGCGCGCUUCCUGCACGCCGAGAUCCCCAUCCGCCUUGCGCACCGGCUCAAGGACCUGUCCAACCUGCCCGAGGCCCUCUCCAAUGAGCCCCACGUGCGCCGGGUCAAGGGAUGGUACACGGCGUCGUUCGCGGACUUCAGGUCGUUCCCGGCCAUCAAGGACGGCGUGGACUGCGUCAAGUUCACGGCCAUGCUGUCCAACGCCUUCCGCCGCCACAACAACGUGGUGCCGGCCAUAGCCAAGGGAGUGGAGGUCUACAAGCGGGAGCUGGAGCGCACGGGCGAGUCCACCGAGGCGCGCGAGAGCGAAAUCCAGCACUUCCUGGACACAUUCUUUCUGUCCCGCAUCGCCAUCCGCUUCCUGGCCGGCCACCACAUCAGUAUGUUCGACCCGCCCCGCCCCGAGCACAUCGGCCUGGUGCACACCAAAUGCAACCCGUUCCAGGUGGCGUCCGACGCGGUCGCAGAGGCUCGGGCCAUAUGCUUUCGGGAGUACGGCAGCGCGCCGCAGGUCAAGAUGCUGGGCAACAGCGAGCUCACGAUGGCCUACGUGCCCUCGCACCUGCACCACAUGGUGUUUGAGUUGGUGAAGAACAGCCUGCGGGCGGUGCAGGACCGCUUCAACGACAGCGACUCGGAGCCGCCCGCCAUCCAGGUAGUGGUGGCGGAGGGCCUGGAGGACGUCACCAUCAAGGUGUCAGACCAGGGCGGCGGCAUUCCGCGCUCGGGCCUGCAGCGCAUCUGGACCUACCUCUACACCACCGCCCGCUCGCCGCUGCCCGAGGUGGACAUAGACACCUCCAACAUGCCCGCCGUGCUGGCCGGGUACGGCUGUGGACUGCCGCUCAGUCGGCUCUACGCCCGGUAUUUUGGCGGCGACCUGCAGAUGAUCUCCAUGGAGGGCUACGGCACUGACGCCUACCUGCAUUUGGCGCGCCUGGGCAACGAUGAGGAGCCGCUGCCCGGGUCCGUGUAAGCCCACGAGAACAUGUAGCGGGCUCCGUGAUGUCCAGCGCUCGGCGGUAUGAGUGCCGCCCUGCCAUGGGCCUGGGUGGGAUGCCGCCAAGCAGCCAUCGGCUGGCAACGUAGGAUGGCCCGCGGUGGAGUGGGUAUAAGCUGACCGUAAAGCAGAAAGCGUGUGCAUUAGUGUGCGAGGUUAGGGUAGCAUGCACGUAUCAUGCUCAUGUUGUCAUGGACUACAGAUGCUUGCAGGUUUAGCCGUAGAUCAGAGGUGUGGGCGGCCAUACUUUCGUGGCAAUGUUUAUUGGUACAGGCCGCUGGCCUAACAUAGCGAACGGAUGUGGACCGUUUGCUGGGACGGCCUGAAGAGGGGGGGACACUUUUGCUACUUGUGUUGCUCUUUGUGCGCCCCGUGUGGCAUGGAUGCAUCGGCGGCAUUACCACAGUAUGGAAUUGCUGCCUACUUGGAUAAGCGCACAAAUGCGCGCAGGAGGUGCACAACUGCGUAUGCAUGCGAGACUUACGUCAUAAAGCAUCGCAUCACUCUCAGAAGUGAUGUGCGGUUCAUUGGGGGUCUGCGCGUAUGUGCUCCGCAGGAGGCGCAGCUUGGGAACCACGGGAGGGGCGGAGGGCCAAGACUCUGAUGCCUGAGACCCUGAGUACCGGUUUAUAGAUGUCAGAACGUCGGUGAUAUGAACGGCACCGUAUCAUCAUACUGUAGGUAAGGGAUCUCUCCGCACGGCAUGAACCUUGGGGAUGCAAGGCAAUCCACACGAUAAUAAUACUGGCGCGAAGGCCGCUGUUGACAAGGAAGCAGGUGCAGGUGGUAUAAGUGGCUGGAAGUGCUGGACUACGAGGGCUGAUUACGAAGCAGGGGGCCUUGCAGCCCCUAGCACGAUGCAGCGGUAAGGGGGCGCAGGGGCAGGGGCCGCAGGGCGCAACAUGCUGCGGGUUUCGGCCGGCGGCGGUGUCAUUGCCAUUGCAACCCUAAUCUCGCGCGCAAAUCUGUUUGUAACUUCAAUGUCGC